AUGGAUCGCAGUUUGGACGAGAUCAUCGCCGAAGACACCCGCAACAAGGGUCGCUCUUCUGGUGACCGUACCUCUGGUGACCGUCCUUCUGGUGAUCGUCCUUCUGGCGGUCGGCGCAACCCAGGCCGGCGUCGCGGUGAGCGUGAUGGCUUCGAUGAUGACCGCGAAUCUCGUCCAUCUCGUGGCUCCCGCCAUUCCGGCCGCGCAGGCUCACCCGGCCGUGGCGGUCCCGCCUUGACCAAGGUUCGUGUGGAAAACCUUCACUACGAUAUCACCGAGAGUGAUUUGGAAGACCUCUUCGGCCGAAUUGGCCCUGUCCAAGAACUUUCCCUCGUUUAUGACCGCGCUGGACGCUCCGAGGGCGUUGCCUUCAUCACAUAUGAGAGGCUGAGAGACGCACACGACUCUGUUCGCGAAUUUGACGGUGCUAACGCAAAGGGCCAACCCAUCCGCCUCUCCUUGUCCCCGGCCCGCCCGAUGAGCCCUGAAAGCGAGAACGAAGGUGGAGAACGACGUCGCCGUGGAGCUGGAGGCCGUGGCCGUCGCAGCGACAUGAGCAAGCCUGCCCCUGACCACAUCGACCGAUAUAUCCCCGGUCAACGCGACACAGGUCGCAAUGCUGGCCGCCGCGGAGGGGGCCGCGAUAACCGUCCCCGCAACACCGAGAAUGGAGGCCGUCGCUCGAACGCUCGUCCUCGCAAAACACAGGAGGAGCUCGAUCAGGAGAUGGAGGACUACUGGGGCGGCAAGAACGAUACUGAGGGCGCUGGCGAACAGCCUGUCCACGAAGCCCCAGUUGUGGCUGAUGCCCUCGCGCCUGCGCCUGCGCCUGCUGGUCAUGAAAACGAUGACAUUGAUAUGAUUGAGUGA